CAGGUCGUCUGCGGGUGGAAAAGUGGGAGUGACUUAGGAGGGAAAUCAUCAGAAACCCGGCAGAGGUCCUAGCGUGGGAAAACGCCCUCUGCGCUAGGAGAGAGCAGCCACGAUGCCUGCCUCCGCGCCCCGCGGGACCCCUUUCCUUCUCCUAGCUCCUCUCCUGACGCUGUCCGCUGUGCUGGCCGUGCCCCUGGACCGCGCGGCGCCCCAUCAGGAGGACAGCCAGGCCACUGAGAGCCCGGACACAGGCCUGUACUACCACCGCUACCUCCAGGAGGUCAUCAAUGUGCUAGAGACAGACGGGCACUUCCGGGAGAAGCUGCAAGCUGCCAACGCUGAGGACAUCAAGAGCGGAAAGCUGAGCCGAGAGCUGGACUUCGUCAGCCAUCAUGUCCGCACCAAGCUGGACGAGCUCAAGCGGCAAGAGGUAUCGAGGUUGAGGAUGCUACUCAAGGCCAAGAUGGAUGCAAAGCAGGAGCCCAACUUGCAGGUGGACCACCUGAACCUCCUCAAGCAGUUUGAACACCUGGACCCGCAGAACCAGCACACAUUUGAGGCUCGGGACCUAGAGCUGCUGAUCCAGACGGCCACCCGAGACCUUGCCCAGUAUGAUGCUGCACAUCAUGAAGAGUUCAAACGCUACGAGAUGCUCAAGGAACAUGAGCGAAGACGUUACCUGGAAUCUCUGGGAGAGGAACAGCGGAAGGAGGCUGAGAGGAAGCUACAAGAGCAACAGCGCAGACACCGGGAACACCCCAAAGUCAACGUCCCUGGCAGCCAAGCCCAGUUGAAGGAGGUGUGGGAGGAGCUGGAUGGAUUGGACCCUAAUAGAUUCAACCCCAAGACCUUCUUCAUACUACAUGGAAUGGCAUGUCCUCUAACUGAGCAGACCAGGCUUGAGGAAUACAGAAGAACUACAACUCCCAAGAGCCACAGAGACAAAAAGUGUCUAUAUGAAAGGGGCAUGGGAGACAUCAACAGCGAUGGUGUCCUAGAUGAGCAAGAGCUGGAAGCUCUCUUCACCAAGGAGUUGGAGAAGGUUUACGACCCAAAGAACGAGGAGGACGACAUGAGAGAGAUGGAGGAGGAGCGGCUGCGCAUGAGAGAGCACGUGAUGAAGAAUGUGGACACCAACCAGGACCGUCUUGUGACCCUGGAGGAGUUCUUGGCAUCCACACAGAGGAAGGAGUUUGGGGACGCUGGGGAAGGAUGGAAGACAGUGGAAAUGUAUCCAGCCUACACAGAGGAGGAGCUGAGGCGAUUUGAGGAAGAGCUUGCUGCCAGGGAGGCUGAGCUGAAUGCCAAGGCCCAGCGCCUCAGCCAGGAGACCGAGGCCCUGGGGCGCUCCCAGGACCGCCUGGAGGCUCAGAAGAGAGAGCUGCAGCAGGCUGUUCUGCAGAUGGAGCAGAGGAAGCAGCAGCAGCAGCAGCAGCAGCAGCAGCAGCAGCAGCCACAGCACGAACAGAAGGCUCCGCCCUCCAAGCCUGACGGGCAGCUGCAGUUCCGGGCGGACACAGAUGAUGCUCCUGUCCCAGCUCCAGCAGGUGACCAGAAAGAUGUGGCUGCUUCUGAAAAGAAGGCCCCAGAACAGCCCCCCGAGAUCCCCCAGCUGGACUCCCAGCACUUAUGAUCUCUCAGUGACCCCCCCCCCAGCCCUCAAGCCCUACACACAGCGACGGAAGCUGGAUGAAGUGUCCUUGCCGCCUCUCUGGAGGCCUGAGCCUGCAUGGCCUCCUGGGGAGGAGAACAGGGCUCCUUCCUUAGAGGCGCCUGUGUCUGCCCCCUCAGCUCUUCCAGCCUCCAGGUCCCGGUUCUUCCUUCCGUCUCCUGGCUUCUUUACUCUGUCAGGGACUCACUGCAGGAACUGGAGCUGAGAGAGACCCUCACGUACCUGGAGUACUUGCUCCAGGCCUGCCUUCCUGGUUUGCUCUUGGCUGUUCCAGGCUUAGCCACUUUGCAUCCUGUGCCUAGUGUCACAGGGUCCCAGGAGCUUGGCUUGGUCCCUUUUACUCUGUCUUCUGUGGGGCCAGAGAUCUCAGUUCCUUUCAGUGGCUGGAGGCUUGGGACAUGGGGUGUCCUUCAAGUAAACGUCACCUUUGCCUGGACCCCAGGCUUCCAUCGCCACCUCACCAGCCAUACCCUGACCUCCUGGGCCCAACACCUCCCCCAUGGCCCCAGAAGGUACCCAGAUACGGCUGCACACCUAGCUGAGAUUCAACCGCCCUCAGCCCCCAUUGGGCGCUCCUGAAAAUUGGUUCACCUUGGCUUCAUGCCACACUAUGAUGUCCUGCUCUAUGCUCCAGUUCCAUUCAAAUAUAGCCUGGCACAAAUAAACGUUAGCGUGUCUGUGUGUA